AUGGAUGAGGACAACAUGACGAGGAGCGAGGAGCAGGAGCUGAGUCUGCAGAAGGCGCUGCAGCAGUGCGAGCUGGUCCAGAACAUGAUCGACAUCAGCAUCUCCAACCUGGAGGGGCUCCGCACCAAGUGCGCCGCCUCCAACGACCUCACGCAGAAGGAGAUCCGCACCCUGGAGAGCAAACUGGUGAAGUAUUUCAGCCGGCAGCUGUCCUGCAAGAGGAAGGUGGCCCUGCAGGAGCGCAAUGCCAAACUGGAGGGCUUCCCCCAGCUCCUGCACUGGUUCCGCAUCGUCGACAUCCGCAAGGAGGUGAUGGAGGAGAUCGCCCCAGGGCAGCUCAGCCUGGAGGAUCUGCUGGACAUGACCGAUGACCAGGUCUGUGCCACCGUGGAGAAGUUUGGGGCCAACAGUGAGGAGUGUGCCCGGCUGAACGCGUCCCUGUCCUGCCUCCGCAGCGUCCACAAGUCCGGCGGGAGCCUCUCCAAGCAGGACUGGACCAUCCAGUGGCCGAGCACGGAGCCGGGCAAGGAGAACAGCCCCGGCUGCCCCAGCGCGGAGCCGGGGCCCUGGGGCAGGACGCACCCGAGCCCCAAGGUACCACCCAAAUGCGGGCAGCACCACUGCCACGCCAGCUCGUCCCACGGCCCCAUGUACACGCACGUGGACCGCCUGACCGUGGAGGGCCACCCGGGGCUGUGCCCACCGCUGGAGUCCGGGCACCGCUCGCUGCCGCCGUCGCCAAGGCAGCGCCACGCCGCGCACACCCCCCCGCGCACCCCCAACAUCGUCACCACCAUGACCCCGCCGGGGACCCCCCCCGUGCGCCGCAGGAACAAACUGAAGCCCCCCGGGACGCCCCCGCCCUCGUCGAGGAAGCUGAUCCACCUCAUCCCGGGAUUCACGGCGCUGCACCGCAGCAAAUCCCACGAGUUCCAGCUGGGGCACCGCGUGGAUGAGGCGCACACCCCCAAAGUCAAGAAGAAGAACAAGCCCCUGAACCUCAAGAUCCACAACAGCGUGGGGAGCUGUGAGAACAUCCCAGCCCAGCGCUCCCCGCUGCUCUCCGAGCGCUCCCUGCGCUCCUUCUUCGUGGGGUACCCGCCCUUCCUGCCCUCCACCCCGCCCGUCCACACCGAAGCCUCCUUCUCUGCAAAUACGCUGUCAGUGCCUCGCUGGUCCCCGCAGAUCCCUCGGCGGGAUUUAGGAAACUCCAUAAAACACAGGUUUUCCACCAAGUACUGGAUGUCUCAGACCUGCACCGUCUGCGGGAAGGGAAUGUUGUUCGGCUUAAAAUGCAAAAACUGCAAGCUCAAGUGCCACAACAAAUGCACCAAAGAGGCCCCCCCGUGUCACCUGCUGAUCAUCCACCGCGGAGAUCCAGCGAGGUUGGUCCGGACAGAGUCGGUGCCCUGCGACAUCAACAACCCCCUGAGGAAGCCCCCGCGCUACUCGGACCUGCACGUCAGCCAAACGCUCCCCAAAACCAACAAACUCAACAAGGACCACAUUCCAGUGCCCUACCAGCCAGAUUCCAGCAGCAACCCCUCGUCCACCACGUCGUCCACGCCGUCCUCGCCGGCUCCGCCGCUGCCGCCCAGCGCCACGCCCCCGUCCCCGCUGCACCCCUCCCCGCAGUGCCCGCGCCAGCAGAAGCAGUUCAACCUGCCAGCCUCCCAUUACUACAAGUACAAGCAGCAGUUCAUUUUCCCAGAUGUGGUGCCUGAGACGCCAACCCGAGCCCCACAGGUCGUCCUGCACCCUGUCACCUCCAACCCCAUCCUGGAAGGAAACCCAUUGCUUCAAAUUGAAGUGGAGCCCACCUCGGAGAACGAGGAAGGCGCCGAGGAGGUGCAGGAGUCCGAGGACGACUUCGAGGAGAUGAACCUGUCGCUGCUCUCGGCGCGCAACUUCCCGCGCAAGGCCAGCCAGACCAGCAUCUUCCUGCAGGAGUGGGACAUCCCCUUCGAGCAGCUGGAGAUCGGCGAGCUCAUCGGCAAGGGCCGCUUCGGGCAGGUGUUCCACGGGCGCUGGCACGGCGAGGUGGCCAUCCGCCUCAUCGACAUCGAGCGCGACAACGAGGACCAGCUCAAGGCCUUCAAGAGGGAGGUCAUGGCCUACCGCCAGACCCGGCACGAGAACGUGGUGCUCUUCAUGGGGGCCUGCAUGAGCCCUCCCCACCUCGCCAUCAUCACCAGCCUGUGUAAAGGACGGACUCUCUACUCCGUGGUGAGGGACGCCAAAAUUGUCCUGGAUGUCAACAAGACGAGGCAGAUAGCACAAGAAAUUGUGAAGGGAAUGGGAUACCUGCAUGCCAAGGGCAUCCUCCACAAGGACCUCAAGUCCAAGAAUGUCUUCUACGAUAAUGGGAAGGUGGUGAUCACCGACUUUGGGCUCUUCAGCAUCUCCGGGGUUCUGCAGGCAGGCAGGAGGGAGAACAAGCUGCGCAUCCAGAACGGCUGGCUGUGCCACCUGGCCCCCGAGAUCAUCCGGCAGCUCUCGCCCGACACCGAGGAGGACAAGCUGCCCUUCUCCAAGCACUCAGAUGUCUUUGCACUGGGCACCAUCUGGUACGAGCUGCACGCCCGGGAAUGGCCCUUCAAGACGCAGCCAGCGGAGGCAAUAAUCUGGCAGGUGGGAAGAGGGAUGAAGCCCAACCUCAGCCAGAUCGGGAUGGGCAAGGAGAUCUCGGACAUCCUGCUGUUCUGCUGGGCCUACGAGCAGGAGGAGAGGCCCACCUUCACCAAGCUCAUGGACAUGCUGGAGAAACUGCCAAAGCGCAACCGCCGCCUUUCCCACCCGGGGCACUUCUGGAAGUCGGCAGAGUAA